ACACCCGCUCUAGACAGGAAGCGAGGUUGCCUGUCUAAAUGCCAUCUGCUGUGGUUCACUCUCCCGUCUGCGCAUUUUCUUCUUGUCACCUGUCGUUGCUUUCCACGGCCCGAAGCAAGUGCAGAUUUUGCUCCACCUGCCACUGACAUGCAGCCACCUCUGGGGCAGAGCGCGGCAGCAGGUCUGUGCCCGCAACGAUGCACGAGCUUUGCGAUGUUCUUUUGUUUUCUAAAGGAAGGGAAGCGAAAAAUAACUUCCUCCUUCGGCGGGGGGCUCUUUGCACAAGCAGAAGUGGAGUUAGCAGGACUCAUCCGGGGAGCCAGAGUUACGAUCUUUAACUGCAUGGACAGAGGGGUACGUUACUGGCUUUAACUGAGUGAAAGCUGAAGUCUUCUCUAGCCAAAACAGGCAGAGUUCGGACGGGGCAGUGCGAACUUCCCCCAGCUGGCACACGAGGCCCCUCAGCUCUUUUCCUUACGCUGCAAGGUGUUUGGGGCGAGGAAAGCCGCUUUGGGAGGUGUUUGUACAGCCUGCAGCACCGUGGGACGCUGGCAAUACGGAUAAUAGCCUCACUUGGACUGCAAGUUCCUCGUGGCAGGGGCUGUCUCUUUGAUUUGUGUCUGUAUAGCGCCUGGCAUGGCAAUACAGAUAAUAACCGCGCUGGCUGGUCGCUGCCAUGCUGGACUUUAUUGGACUUUAUUGAAACCAACAGGCCAGAGGUCCCAUCUCAUCUCCCUUCCUCAAUCAAAUCACACUCCCUGCCCUCUGCAGCCUGAUCCUGCAAAACAUUGGGCACCUUCCGGGUGGCACUUCACCCUUUCAGCACCUAUUGCAACCAAAGGCCAAUCUGUUUGAGCCAGGCCAUGCUGCUCAGGGGAGAGGAACUGAGCCUUUCCACUGACCCCGGCAGCUCAACUGGAUCCCAAUCGGAGCCGCACUCAGCUUCUGCCUGCUCGGCUGCUGCCUGGGUUCGGGUGUGCAUGUCAGUCGUACACCAGCUGUAGCUGGCUUGUUGGGAGCUCAAGAGCUGGGGCCGGAUCCCUGCAGAUUUCACCGAGGGCCUCACCCUUUGCUGAUAACCAGCCAUGCCCUGCCGGGCACUCUGCCUCCUGUGCAGUUUGGUGAUGCCUGCUGCCUUCCUGUGUGCAGAUCUGCUUCCCAGGGUCACCUUCCCAAAAGGAGACGCCCGGAGGAUCCUAACCAGCUUCAGCAAGGACGGAAUCUUCAACUAUGAUACUUUUCUCUUGAGCGAAGAUGAAGGCACUCUGUACGUGGCAGCUCGAGACACCCUCCUCUCGCUCCAGGUGGACAGUGCUGGGUCCAUGGAGCUGACGGGCUCAAUAGUGUGGCAACCCGUGCCUGAAAAAAAGCAGGAGUGUGUCUUUAAGAAGAAAAGCAACUUGACAGAGUGCUUCAACUUCAUCCGUGUCCUGGUGCCAGUGAACCAGACUCACCUGUACACCUGUGGGACCUAUGCCUUCAGCCCCACCUGCUCUUACAUUAAUCUGGAGAAUUUCAGCCUGGUUUCUGUCGGCCGAGGGCAGACUCUCCUCCAGGAUGGGAAGGGACAGUGCCCCUUUGACCCCCGCCACAAGUAUACGGCCAUCCUGGUGGAUGGUGAGCUCUACACGGGGACCAUGAACAAUUUCCAAGGAAACGAGCCCAUAAUCUCCCGUGCUCUGGGCAGCAGGACCUUGCUGAAGACUGAUGCCUUCCUCAGGUGGCUGAAUGUCGAUGCGGGCUUCGUGGCUUCGGCCAAUAUCCCUGGAGACGAGAAGGUCUAUUUCUUCUUCGAGGAGACGGCCGAGGAGUUUGAUUUCUUUGAGAAGCUCACGGUCUCCCGGGUGGCUCGUGUGUGCAAGAAUGACGUCGGCGGAGAGAAGGUGCUGCAGAAGAAAUGGACCACGUUCCUGAAAGCCCAGCUGACAUGCUUCCAGCCUGGGCACUUCCCUUUCAACGUGAUCCAUCACUCCUUUGUUCUACCCCAGCCAGGAGUGGGUGCUGUCUUCUAUGGAGUCUUCACCUCACAAUGGCAGAUGGGAGAUGCAGGCAGCACGGCAGUGUGCGCUUUCAACCUGGAGGACAUCGAAAGAGUCUUCAGCGGCAAAUACAAGGAGCUGAACAAGGAGAGCUCCCGGUGGACAACAUACAGCAAUGAGGUCCCUGAGCCCCGUCCUGGCAGCUGCUCUGUGCGCCCAUCGGCGGACAAAGUCCUGACCUUCAUGAAAAACCAUUUCCUGAUGGAUGGGAAGGUUGUGCCCAGGAACAAGCAGCCGCUGCUGGUGAAGCAGAACGUGAAGUAUACGCGGAUCGCAGUUGAUCAGACCCGCAGUGUCUUGGGCACCUCCUAUGAGGUGAUGUUCCUGGGAACAGAUCAAGGGUUCCUGCACAAAGCAGUGGCUCUGGCCAGCGGUGCUCAUAUCAUUGAGGAAAUCCAGCUGUUUAAGGACCCGGAACCUGUGCAGAACCUUCUGUUCUCACCUGGGAAGGGAAUCCUGUAUGUGGGGUACUCCAAGGGGGUCCUGCAGGUGCCGCUGGCCAACUGCAGCGUGUACAGGAGCUGUGCUGACUGUGUCCUCGCCCGAGACCCCUACUGCGCCUGGGACAGGCACAGCCAGUCGUGCCAGGAGACCCGAGGCACAAACAAAAACACGAGUGACUGGCUGCAGGACGUCGAGAAGGGCAGACCGGGGGCUACAUGCCAGCAGAUCAGUGGGAAAGGCAGGGCCACGCCCAGAUCUCGGGACGACUUGGGCAGCAGCCUGGUAAAAACUUUGAGCCCAGCGCUGAACUCCAUUAUCCGGCUGCCCUGCCCACAGCUCUCAGCCCUGGCCACUUACAACUGGAGCUACCCAGGGGAUCAGAUCCCAGCGGGGUUGACGCUGUUGGACAAUAAGACGCUGGUGAUCAUCAUGCAGCGCCAGGCGGCGGGCGAGUACACAUGCUGGGCCAGCGAGAACGGGCACCACCAAGCUGUGGCCCGCUAUGUGGUGCAGGACCCCAUGGGAGUCAACAUCCUGAGCGAGAGCGGAGGGGACAGCAUGGUAGGGGAAGGGCUGGAGCAGGGGGCAGGCCCACAGGAUGGGCACCACUCCUACUGGGCACAGUUUGUGACAGUGACAGUGCUGCUGUCGGUGACACUGGCCAUAGCAAUGGCCAUGGCCGGCUUCUCCUACCACGACAGGCUCAAGGCCAAGAGCAAGGUGCAAGGAUGCAACACCCCCGAAGCCACCAAGGUGUCCAAUCAGGAGAAGGUGCCGCUGAACGGAGGCCGGAGCCCACAGCUACAAGGGCCUGUCCAGGAAGGGGCCAAGGACCCCAGGGACUGCUGUGUCCAGAUGGAGGGGCUGUCCCAGGAAAUAGAUGUGGAUAACAACAGGUUAAACGCCAGCCUGGGGGCCAGGGAGGGCUCCUAAGGGUGGCUCUGGAGAAAGCUUAGGCUGGCCAUGCCUGCCCCGACCCGCCUUUUGUCUUGAAAACAGCCGUGUCGUGGUACCGAGCAGCCCUGCGAUAACAAACCAGUGUGUGUGGCUCAGCGCUUGGGAGCAACCCUAUAAUAACAAAGCGGUCUGCAUCCAGCCCCCAAAUUCAUAACAAACAUAUCAGCUGGUGAGACCUUCCACACGGCACGCCCAGAAACUACACCUGCUCCUCGUCAGCGUGCCAGCUGCUGCUGCCCGCCCACGGGUGGGUCACUCCACCGCUGAAGAGCAAUGGGCUCAGCCUGCCCCACUGCACUGUCUGGGCAUCACCAGCGGCCGAGUUGUGGGACGGGCGUUAAACAAACAA